CGUGGAUUGAGAGGGGAUGCCGAACAAGGCUCGGGACGUGCCGGUGAACUCCUCUCCCGCGGUGGCGGCAAACGCGGAGGGAGAAGAGAUCGAGGUGUUGGAAAGUACCGACGUCCUUCCCGUUGCCCCCGAAGACCAAUGGAAGUCUCUGUUUGACAAGUACGACCCAGAGAGCUCAGGCUUCAUCAGUACGGAGCGCUUCAAGGACCUGCUGGACGCCCACGGCUCGGAGCUCGACCCCCACAAGCUGGAGGUCCUAUUGGCCCUCGCCGACGGCAACGCCGACGGGAAGAUCUGCUACCAGGACUUUGUCAACCUGGUAGGUCACACGGGUCAUUUCCGUUUGCCCUCUGCCCUGUGUGACCCUCCUGCAGGCUCCCUGGCGGUGUCUGUCACGGACAUGACCGCUUCCGGUGGUGGGUCAUCUGGAGGGGUCUACGCCCUGGUCUCGGCACACCUGGCCAACGUCGUCAUGAACUGGUCGGGGAUGAAGUGCCAGUUUAAGCUGUUCAGGAUGGCCAUGGCUCUGGUGUGCAUGAGUGUCGAGUUCGGCCGGGCCGUGUGGCUCCGGUUCUACCCCCAGGCUUUCCCGCCCUGCCCCAACCCCAGCUUUGUGGCCCACCUGGGGGGGGUGGCGGUGGGCCUGACCCUGGGCGUGGUGGUCCUCCAGAACUACGAGCAGCGCCUGCAGGAGCAGUCUCUCUUCUGGAUCUUCUUCUGCGUGUACACCCUGUUCGUCCUCUGCGCCGUGUUCUGGAACGUCUUUGCCUACGGCCUGCUGGAUGUCCGGCUGCCCCCGGCUCCGUGAGCUCCGGACUGGCUUCCGGAAGCCUCUUAGCCCCACCCCAUUCCACCCCACCCCACACCCCCCACCCAUCCACCCACACACACUCUCCCAUCAUUCCAGAGCAAGGGUAGCAAGAUG